CGUCUUGACAGAGCUCAUCGCGUCACAAUCUCGAAAUUCUGCCUUUCCUCGACUCAAACACUUGCCACCGUCCCUGUAGUCGUUUUCUCGUGACGAUGAGCUGGUUCGACUCUGGGGAACCGCCCGCAAAGAGGCGACGGUUCUUUGCAGAUGCAGAAGACGACGAUGGUAGCAUCAGCAACUUGGGCGUGUCUAGCUCUUUGUCUGGCCCGCUGCGCUCACCCUUAGCAGAGAAGAUUGCCAACGAUACCUCGAAUCCCGAAAACAAUGGUGCCAGAGCCGAGGAUCCCAGCGAGCAGAAGCCAGCGGGUUUUGAUCAGGAGACUUUUGAGAGCUUUGUGGGUGACAAAGUAAGCCCUGAUGUUCUGAGCAUCAUCCAAAGGAGCUGUGGCGACAACCUUGAGCGCGCAGUCAAUAUGUACUUCGACGGAACUUGGAAGAAGUUGAAGAAGCAAGCUACUUCGGAGCCAUCGACUCAGCCGACUCUUCCCCAGUCAAUCAGCAGUAUCGUGUCUCCAGGUCCCGACAUAGAUAUACCCAAUGUCCCUACUCGUCCAUCGGUGCCCGAAUCGCGCUAUAUCGGGGCCUUUGGUGUGGAAGGCUGGUCCACCAGAAGUGGCACAAACAUGUUAAAACAUGGAGAUAUUGUCAAAAUUGAGCGUCAGAAGAUUCAACCUUCGCAACCCUUAAUGCUUAAGAAGAAGGGAAAGCUUGGGGCUCCGCCCCUUGCACCACGCGUCUAUGCCUCUUCAGCGAGACGUGUUGAUGUAAUAGUACGCUUCACCGACUCGAGCGGCACGGAAAUCGGAAGACUUGCGAAGGAUACAGCCAACUGGGUUUCCUCACUAAUUGAUCAGAAAGUCUGCAAGUUCGAGGGUGUUUGUGUUUACGCACCGGAAAGGCUGCGGACCAAUGACACGGUCUUCUUGCAACUGAGAUGCUAUCUGCAGAAGACUGCUUUUCAGAAUACAGGCUUCAAGCCAGCGGGCAACAGGGCUGCCAACCUAUUUGAACAGAAGGAGUCUGCAGAGGAGCGUGAGCUACGACUGCGCCAGGUAGCAAUAGUAAGGUUAUUCCACGAGGUCAAUCUUCUACCCACAAGGAGUAAUGAGACUGCGGCGAAGCAAGGACGUCAAGGUCUUCUUGAAGCAGCCAAAGCAGCCGAAAAGAAGGAAAAGGAAGCCACAAAUUCAAACAACCGUGAUGCUCAGGGAUCUUCACCUCCAUCAGAAGAUGCGGAAGAUGGCGAAGAGCUGGAGCAAGACCAGCUUGACGCGCUAUACCGCAAAGCGCAGUCCUUUGAUUUCGACACGCCAGAAGCAGAGCCGCCUGAUACAUUCGUCAUGACGCUUCGUCAUUAUCAGAAACAGGCGCUGCACUGGAUGCUGUCGAAAGAGAAGGAUCAGAGGAACGAACCCCGCGAGCCAUCCAUGAAUCCGCUCUGGGAGGAGUACUUGUGGCCUACCAAAGAUGUUGACGACAAAGACGUGUUGCAAGUUGAAGGCCAACCAAGCUUCUAUGUUAAUCCGUACUCGGGAGAGAUGUCCUUGUACUUCCCGGUUCAAGAACAGCAUUGCCUCGGGGGUAUUCUCGCAGAUGAGAUGGGUCUAGGCAAAACGAUCCAAAUGCUUAGCCUGGUCCAUUCACACAAGUCACAGGCAGUCCUGCAAGCGCCGCAGCCGUCUCGGUCGAUCAAUAAAUUGCCCCGACUACCCGUAAAAUUUGCGGGUGUUGUAUCGGCACCAAGAACAACGUUAGUGGUUGCGCCGAUGUCAUUGCUGGCGCAGUGGCAGAGCGAAGCAGAGAACGCAUCCAAAGAGGGGACUUUGAAGUCAAUCGUCUAUUAUGGAAACGAGAAGAGCAAUGACCUGCAGACUCUGUGCUGCGAGGCGAACAUCGCCUCCGCUCCGGACGUUGUAAUAACCAGUUAUGGAGUCAUUCUUUCCGAGUUCAACCAGACUGCAGCUAAGGACGAGAACAGGGACUCCCAUCGCGGCAUUUUUUCACUCAACUUCUUCCGCAUCAUACUUGAUGAAGCACACACAAUCAAGAACCGGCAGUCUAAGACAGCAAAAGCAUGCUACGAGUUAUCUGCAGAACACCGCUGGGUACUUACCGGCACUCCUAUUGUGAAUCGGUUGGAGGACCUUUUCAGCUUGGUUCGCUUCCUCAGGGUAGAACCUUGGAAUAACUUCUCCUUUUGGCGUACUUUCAUCACCGUUCCAUUCGAGUCCAAGGAUUUCAUGCGUGCCUUAGAUGUGGUCCAGACUGUCUUAGAACCACUGGUCCUGAGACGGACGAAGGAUAUGAAGACCCCUGAUGGGAAGCCGCUGGUGGCCCUUCCGCCCAAAAGUGUCGAGAUCGUGAACAUCGAGCUGUCCCAGCCAGAACGCGAUGUAUAUGACCACAUCUUUACCAAGGCCAAGCGUACCUUAUCCGCCAAUGUUGAGAGGGGGACAGUCAUGAAGGCAUAUGCAACCAUAUUCGCCCAGCUCCUGCGUCUGAGACAGUCGUGCUGCCAUCCAACCCUCGUCAGAAAUCAGGAACUCGUUGCUGAUGAGGAGGUCGCUGGAGCUGAAGCGGAUGCGGUCGCUGGGCUGGCUGAUGACAUGGACCUUCAAUCUUUGAUUGAGCGAUUCACUGCGGCCACCGAUGACGAAAGGGAUGCCAACACAUUCGGCGCUCAUGUCCUGCAGCAAAUUCGCGACGAGGCUGUCAACGAAUGUCCGAUCUGCUCUGAGGAGCCCAUGAUUGAGCAAACGGUCACAGGAUGUUGGCACUCGGCGUGCAAGAAAUGUUUGCUUGACUGCAUGAAGCAUAGUACCGAUCGGCAUGAAGUGCCCAAAUGCUUUAAUUGUCGCGAGCCGAUCAACGCCCGCGACCUUUUUGAGGUUGUGCGUCACGAUGAUGAACCAGAUGCCUCCCGCCCGAAUCCGAGGAUCAGCCUCCAACGCUUGGGCGUAAGUCAAUCCUCGUCUAAGGUAGUAUCCUUGGUCAAAUACUUGCGGGAAAUGCGCAAGGAGCAUCCGCUCAUGAAGACGGUCGUAUUCAGCCAGUUCACAUCUUUCAUUUCGCUCAUUGAACCUGCUUUGUCCCGAGCCAACAUGAAGUUCCUACGCCUUGACGGAUCCAUGGCUCAGAAGGCACGUGCUGCCGUCCUUGCCGAGUUCCGUGAAGCAGAUCAGUUCACCAUUUUGCUACUCAGUCUACGCGCUGGUGGUGUCGGCCUGAACCUGACGUCAGCUAAGCGCGUGUUCAUGAUGGAUCCUUGGUGGAGUUUCGCGGUUGAAGCCCAGGCCAUCGACCGUGUUCAUCGCAUGGGCCAGGAAGAUGAAGUUAAGGUUUACCGAUUUAUUGUGAAGGACAGUGUGGAAGAAAAGAUGCUGAAGGUCCAAGACAGAAAAAAGUUUAUUGCUACAUCCCUGGGUAUGAUGACUGACGAGGAGAAGAGGCUGCAAAGAAUUGAGGAUAUCAAGGAGCUCCUGAGCAGCUGAACGAGUGAAUGAUACACCAAGCAUUUUUUACCGGAGUCAUGGCGACAUAUAGACGGGAAGUGAAUAACGAUACAAGGGGCAUGUAUUAUAGGCACUCUAUCCCUUUAGGAUCGAGAGGUCCUCUUCAUCGCUUGUGUGACGCAGAGCUAGGGCUGAAUGAAGAGGUCAUGUCAUUGAGACCUGUAACAUUCGUAUUUAUAUCAACAAACCAACAACAUCACUAGCUCGCCCCAGCCUCUUUUUCUCGAGUACGUUCGGGUUUGAUCCACGAAACGACACAAUC